AUGAGAAGUGAUGGUAUGACACCACGGAUCUGUGGAGACUAUCGACUGACGUUGAAUCCCAGAUUGCGGAGAUGUGCAGCAAUCACAAAGGAUUUCAUGAAGUCAUUGUAUGGUUGCCAGUAUUUUUCCAAGAUCGAUUUGGCGGACGCAUACCUACAGAUUCCACUCAAUGUCGAAUCUCGCUACUUGACAACCAUCAACACGUCGUGGGGAAUGUACCAGUAUGAUAUUCUCCUGUUCGGAUUGCAUGUGUCGUCUGGCUUCUUUCAAUCGGCAAUAGAUAGUGUAAUAAAAGGACUCCACGUUGUGCUUGCAUAUCAAGAUGACGUCCUUAUUUUUGGUCUUAAUAAGCAAGAACACGACGCCCGUCUUACGCAGCUGCUGGAACGAUCCGUCCCCAAGAACGUGGCUAUCGAGCUGUUCAAAUGUGUGCUUGGUGUGAGUGAGUUGGAGUUUCCGGGAUUCACAGUUGAUUCCCGUGGAUACCGUCUCUAUCCGACACGUUUCAAACCGUUGACUAACGUCAAAUCUUCAAAGGAUAAAACACAUUUGAGAUCCGUGAUGGAAUGCCUACAGUACUAUACCCGAUUUAUCCCAAACCUUGUUACAAGGUCGCAGCCGCCUUUCCGUUUUCAAUGUUCAGAUGAUUGGGAUUGGUCGGUGGAGUGUGAAGAAAUCUUACGUGGUUUAAUUCUCUGCGUUACGGAUCGUCCUGUUUUGGCCCCGUUUUCACUAUCAAAACCUACCAUAUUAAUCGCCGAUGCAUCCGACGUCUGA